AUGACCGUGGCCAUCGCUAACAUCACUGUCAUAAGUCACACCUAUUUCUACCUUCUGGGCAUUCCUGGCCUGGAAGAUCAGCACAUUUGGAUCUCAAUCCCAUUUUUUACCUCUUAUACUAUUGCACUCCUUGGUAACAUCCUCCUCAUCUUCAUUGUUGUCACAGAUCACAGCCUUCAUGAACCCAUGUAUAUUUUCCUAUGCAUGUUGGCUAUACUUGACAUUGGGCUUUCUACCAUUACAAUCCCUAAAGCCUUGGCUAUUUUUUGGCUUAAUUCAGGAGGUAUAUCCCUAGAUGGUUGUAUUACUCAGUUAUUCUUCAUCCAUUCCACCUUCAUUGCUGAAUCAGGAAUUCUUCUGGCAAUGGCAUUUGACCGCUACAUUGCAAUUUGUUACCCACUGAGAUACACAAUGAUCCUUAACACCUCAGUGAUUAUGAAACUUCUUAUAGUUGUCUAUAUUAGAGGUGUUGUUACCAUAUUUCCAAUAAUAUUCCUUUUGAAGAGGUUAACUUUCUGUAAAAAUAACCUUCUCCCACACACAUAUUGUGAACAUAUUGGUUUAGCCAAGUAUGCUUGUGCCAACAUUCGAGUGAAUAUCUGGUAUGGUUUAUUUGUCCUUUUGAUGACUGUGGUACUAGACAUUAUUCUCAUUGUGGCAUCCUACUUUAUGAUUCUCCAUGCCAUUUUUCGGAUCCCCUCUCAGGAUGCUCGUCACAAAGCACUCCAUACCUGUGGCUCCCAUAUAUGUGUCAUCUUACUCUUCUACAUCCCAGGAAUUUUCACAGUUGUGGUCCAAAGGUUUGGCAAACAGAUCCCACCUUAUAUCCACAUCCUAAUAGCUAAUGUCUGCUUGCUGGUUCCUCCUGUGAUGAACCCCAUCAUAUAUGGGAUCAAGACCAAACAAAUAAAGAAUCGUAUAUAUCUUCUGCUGUUUCAGAGACAAGGAUGA